AAUUUUCAACUGAAUUUCGAAGAAGAAAAUGGAAAAAUCAACUUUUUAUACAAUUAAUCAGUCGUAGCAGCAAUUCUCUCUCUCCCCCACCGGACCUGAUCACCACCGCUUCCCGCCGCCAAUACUCCGCCGCUCCCUGACCUGAAUUCAACGCGCAUCGUCAAUUUCCGAUCAACUUAUACAUACACAAUGUCCCACAGCGACACGAUCCCGCUGCACCCGAGCUCGCAAUCGGACAUCGACGAAAUUGAGAAUCUCAUCAACUCCUACCCCUCCUCCGUCCUCCCCGCCCGCCCUCCGUCUCCUCCACGCGCCUUCAUCCCCAUCUCCUCCAACCCCCCACCGCCUCCUUCAUUCAUCCCCUCCAAUCUGCCCCCUCCCUCCAUCCCCAAACCUACGCCCCUCCUCUCCUCCGCUCCUUCGGUCACCUCCGCCGCCCCUCCCAAGCCGCCUGUUCCCCCGCCGCGUGGAUCCACCAGCACCAGCGGAAUUGCCGGAUCUGGGUUCGGGUCGGCCCCCAAUACUCUGACGGAGCCCGUUUGGGAUACCGUUAAGCGUGAUUUAUCGAGAAUCGUAAGCAAUUUGAAGCUGGUCGUUUUUCCCAAUCCAUUCAGGGAGGAUCCAGGGAAGGCGUUGAGGGAUUGGGAUCUAUGGGGACCCUUUUUCUUCAUUGUUUUUCUCGGCCUCAUUCUCUCGUGGUCUGCCUCCGUUAAGAAGUCUGAAGUUUUCGCUGUCGCAUUUGCACUUCUUGCAGCAGGAGCUGUAAUUCUUACCUUGAAUGUCUUGCUGCUGGGAGGCCACAUUAUCUUCUUCCAAAGCCUGAGUCUCCUAGGUUACUGCCUAUUCCCUCUGGACAUCGGUGCCUUAAUUUGCAUGUUAAAAGGCAACGUAAUAAUCAAAGUGGUUGUGGUUGCUUUCACAUUGGCUUGGAGCUCGUGGGCUGCGUAUCCGUUCAUGAGUACAGCUGUCAACCCUAGGAGGAAAGCUCUUGCCCUUUACCCCGUUCUACUUAUGUAUGUAUCUGUCGGUUUCCUCAUUAUCGCCAUCGACUGAAAAUAAUACUAUAUAUAGAUGUUGGCUUAUUAUAACAAUGGCUGAUUAAUUAGCUGAUCAAGUUACUUGUGUGGAAUUUGACCAUUUUGAUUGCAAUAUAAAUUUUUGCCAUGAUUUUGGGCUUUCUGAGAAAUUGCUUGUAAUAUUCUUUUUGUUUUUUUCUCUCUCUUAGUUUGGAUUUGUUGGGGUUUAUAUCAUAUAUAUGUAAUGUAGUAAGUAAACAUUUCUUGUUAAAAAGAAAAGGAAAUUGGUGGCUUCUUGAAUUUGUCAUUCUGCCGAAUAUGUAAGGAUCGUUUGGGAUUUGUGAUUAAUUAUCUUGUGAUUUUUGACAAUCAUUUUUCA